AAAGGCCUUCUGAGCACUGCGGGAGGAAACGCCCGGGUUUUUCCACCGCCCCCGUUCAGCAGGGACGUGAGCACAGGCUGGGGUUGCACACGGGCUCCGGAAAGGACGAACUUGAGAACUUGAGUACAAAGGAACGGGCGGCGAGGGGGGUGGGGGUGGGGGGUUGGGGUGGCGAAGACGGAUGAUUGGGUUCUUGGAACAAAGGUGGCAUCCUACCUUGGGAAAAUUGGGAAGGGGCGGGCAGAGAAGCUGGGACACCGAGAGCAACCCGGCACACCUUCCCUCCGCGAGUUCUCGUGCCAAAGAGGGCGGUCCGGGCACUGCGCACGGACCGAAGUCUUGCUCACUGAACCUGCGCUGGGCGGGCGCCGCCAGGUGCGCUCAGCCCAGCGCGGCGGAGCGGACCGCGUGGAUCUACCCAGCCGGGCGGGCGGAGUGCAAGGCCGGGGCGGGGCCUCUGCGCCCGGGCCGCCUCCUCUGGGUAUAAACUAAACCGCGCGUUCCUGGAUUCCAACCGGCCUGAGUACCUCUUCUUUGCCACUCGCUUUGAACGGCCUCACCUCGUCUCCGAAUGGACCCCAACUGCUCCUGCUCCACUGGCGGCUCCUGCAGCUGCGCUGGCUCCUGCACCUGCAAGGCCUGCAGAUGUGUCUCCUGCAAGAAGAGCUGCUGCUCCUGCUGCCCCGUGGGCUGUGCCAAGUGUGCCCAGGGCUGCGUCUGCAAAGGGGCCUCCGACAAGUGCAGCUGCUGCGCCUGAAGGCGGGGAGAGCCUGCUCCCGGGUAUCAAUGGAGGAGCGUGGGCCAACCUGCAUUUUAUGCAUCUCUGACUUGAUUGCUACAUUCCCUUUCCUAGGAAAUAUGUGAAUGGUAAUAAAGGUUGUUGACACUUCUGA